AUGCUUCACUGGAAUGCCGCCCUGUUCGCGGGGCUCACUUCUGCAGCUGCCAUCUUCCACAGAGAUGGAGCUACUACAGACGCUCUGGCUGAUUGCCCGGGCUACAACGCCUCCAAUGUUCGCGUUACGCCCACCGGCGUGACGGCCGAUCUGACACUGGCCGGAGCUGCGUGCAAUGUGUACGGAACAGACCUGCCAAACCUCAUUCUCCAGGUCACGUACCAAACUGCGGACCGAGUUCAUGUCCUUAUCCAGGACAAGGGCAACCAGGUCUACCAAGUCCCCGAAUCCGUCUUCCCACGCCCCGGAGGCGCAAUCCCAUCGCAGCUGAGCAACCUCAAGUUCAGCUACACAGCGAGCCCAUUCUCCUUCAACAUCACCCGCGCCAGAACCGGCGAGGUCAUCUUCAACACCUCCCCAGCGUCGCUUGUCUUCGAGUCGCAGUACCUUCGCCUUCGCACCAGCCUGCCUGUGAACCCGAACCUGUACGGUUUGGGCGAGCAUUCCGAUUCUCUCCGCCUCCAGACGACCAACUACAUCCGCACGAUGUGGAAUCAGGACAGCUACGGCAUUCCUGCCAACUCGAACCUCUACGGAACUCACCCCUUCUACCUGGAGCACCGUGCCACGGGUUCUCACGGCGUCCUGUUCCUCAACUCCAAUGGAAUGGACAUCCUGAUCAACAAGGAUGCUUCUGGCAACCAGUAUCUCGAGUACAACACCAUUGGCGGUGUAUUUGAUUUCUACUUUGUUGCUGGACCUACUCCGGUGGCGGCUGUGCAGCAGUAUGGUCAAUUUGCUGGUUUCCCAACCAUGCAGCCAUACUGGGGUCUGGGCUUCCACCAGUGCCGAUAUGGAUACCAAGACGCCUUCAAUGUCGCCGAAGUUGUCCAAAACUACAGCCUGGCCAACAUUCCCCUUGAGACCAUGUGGACGGAUAUCGAUUACAUGGACCUUCGACGAGUCUUCACCGUCGACCCGCAACGUUUCCCCAUGCCCAUGAUGCGCGAACUUGUUGACCACCUCCAUGCUAAUGACCAGCACUACAUCGUCAUGGUUGACCCUGCUGUGGCCUACCAAGACUACCCGCCGGCUAACCAAGGCCUUGAUGACAACAUCUUCUUGCUGCGCCAAAACGGCUCUGUCUGGAUCGGCGUGGUCUGGCCAGGUGUUACCGUCUUCCCCGACUGGUUCUCCGCCAACAUCACAUCGUACUGGAACGGUCAGUUCCAGACCUUCUUCAAUGCCGACACAGGCCUGGAUAUCGAUGCCCUGUGGAUCGACAUGAACGAGCCCAGCAACUUCCCGUGCAACUUCCCAUGUGACGACCCAUAUGCGGCCGCAAAGGGCUAUCCUCCGGCCCCACCGGCGGUCCGGUCACCACCUCGUCCGCUGCCCGGCUGGCCCUGCGACUUCCAGCCCCAGGGAUGUCCUGGCAAACGGGAUGACCGGUCUCAGAAACUGCAAAUCAACGCAGGUAGCGGCAGUCUACCCGUCAACUUGAAGAGCAGCUCCUCUGUUUCCAACAACAAAUUGGGUGACCAAAAGGGCCUGCCCGGCCGUGACUUGCUCUAUCCCAAGUACCCCAUCCACAACAAGGCCGCCUACCAAGUCUCGUGGAACUCUGACAAGGGCGGUAUCUCUAACCACACCGUCAACACUGAUGUCAUCCACCAGAAUGGCCUCGCCAUGUACGAUACGCACAACCUCUACGGUACCAUGAUGUCCUCAGCCUCGCGCGAUGCCAUGGAGUCUCGCCGACCAGGUCUUCGGCCCAUGGUCAUCACUCGCAGCACAUUCGCCGGCGCCGGCUCAAAGGUCGGCCACUGGCUGGGAGACAACAUGUCGCAGUGGAGCUACUACACCGUCUCCAUCCGCACCAUGCUGGCCUUCACCUCCCUCUUCCAGUUCGGCAUGGUCGGUUCAGACGUCUGUGGCUUCGGCGGCAACACCAACGAGGAGCUCUGCGCUCGAUGGGCCUCCCUCGGCGCCUUCAGCACCUUCUACCGCAACCACAACGACCUUGGCAACAUUGGCCAGGAGUUCUACCGAUGGACAUCAGUGGCUAACAGUGCCCGCAAGGCCAUUGACAUCCGCUACCGCCUGCUCGACUACAUCUACACUGCCAUGUACCGCCAUUCCACCGACGGUACCCCGGCAGUCACCCCUAUGUUCUUCAAGUACCCGAAUGACCAAGCCACCUGGGCUCUGGAGCUUCAAUACUUCUUCGGUCCGGGCCUGAUCGUCGCCCCCGUCACAGCACAGGGUUCCACCAGUGUCAGCGUCUACCUGCCAGACGACAUCUUCUACGACUGGUACACGCACGCUCAGAUUGUUGGUGGCGCCACAAACCACCUCAUCACUGGCGUCGACACCACGUCCAUUCCCCUCUUCAUCCGCGGCGGUGUCAUUAUGCCUCUCCGCAUCAAGUCCACCAACACCACCACCGAGCUGCGCAAGCAAAACUUUGAGCUUCUUAUCCCGCUCGACGCCUCUGGCUCUGCCUCUGGCGAGCUCUACCUUGAUGAUGGCGUCUCCAUCAAUCAGAAGGCCAUCACCCACGUCACCUUCACGUACACUAAAGGCCUCUUCAUCCUGGGCGGCAGGUUUGACCUCCGUGUGCCGUUUGUCAUCUCCAAGGUGACCAUUCUAGGCGGCUCAACAGCUGCCCUUAAGUCCAAUACUGGAGCCAACAGCAAUAGCAAGUCUUUCAAUGUUAACUUGCCCCUAAAUGGUCCUACUUCCAUCAGAAUUGGUUAA